GUUCCAGACCAGACUCGCUGUCUCCCCGUUGUGCAGAUUCCGGUGCCGCGAUGCAGGCGGCGUUGCUCCCCAGGCUGUGGCUCCGCUGCUCUGUGCCGGCACUGCCGAGGCUGCUGGGUAGGAGCGGGCGAUACAGUGUGGGAGUGAGGCCUGACUUGCUGUGUGAGGCCGGGACUGUGCGGCUCUCUCUUCAGCUCGGAACUCUGUCCCCGGCCGGUGGGCUAAUGCUGCGGGCAAGUUCUGCGGGAUCCGGCCCCUCCCAGGUCCCACAGAAUCCCCCCAGUGGAGAGACCAGUGGCUCCAGCAAUGAGAAUGAGGAGAAGCCCAACAAGACCAAACAGCUGAGGAAAGUGUUUAAGGAGUACGGGGCGGUGGCGGUUUCAUUCCACGUGGCCAUCUCAUUGGUUUCCCUCGGCAUAUUCUAUGGCAUUGUCUCCAGCGGAAUAGACAUUACGUCGCUUCUCUUAAAAGUUGGAUUCAGCGAAGCGGUGGUCCAGUCCAAGUUAGCCGCCGGAACCAGCACCUUUGUGUUGGCAUAUGCCAUCCAUAAACUGUUUGCCCCUGCCCGGAUCAGCAUCACCUUAGUCUCUGUCCCCUUUAUCGUCCGAUAUCUCAGGAAGGUCGGUCUCUUUAAGCCUCCGAUCUAGCUCCAUUACAAGCACCUGAGCAGAAUAUUUUGUUUUUUGCCUUUUCACCAACCUGAUAUUCUGCUCAUUUUUCUUUGGCUUUUUUCUACUUGACCUUUACUUGAAAUGUGCUCAUUUUAAGAAUCGACAUUUGCUGAUAGAAACCCAAUUCAUGGCACUAAUAUGAGCAACAAGAACUUGGCAUCGGAGGAGUUUUCAGGGAGCUACCAGGUCAUUCAGUUGAUAUCGCUGCACCACUCGUUGGGCAAAGGAACCAGAAUAACUCAGAAAAUACUAACACAUAAUUCUAAUAAAUUAUUUUUACAAUCUAAA